CUUCUUCCACAAUUAUGAAUCCAUGUUGGCGGCUUCGGCUUCCUGUCCGUUCCUUUCGAGUCCCCCGAUACCCAACAACCGCAUCCCGCCGAUUCAAUUCCUCGAAAACGUCCGACCCCCUCCGCAUCCUCUUCUGCGGCUCCGACGACUUCAGCAUCGCCUCCCUCCGCGCGGUCCACGCGGAACAUUUAUUUGACCCAGGAGCAAUAGCUUCGAUUGACGUGGUGCACCGGCCGGGAAAGCUCACGGGACGGGGCUUGAAGCAGCUGCGCGAAGUGCCCAUAAAAAAAGUUGCGCAAGAGCUCAAACUCCCCACUCACGAAAUCGACACCUUCACGGGAUGGACGCCUCCAUCACCCCAGAAUGAAGCCAUCAACCUCAUCAUUGCCGUCUCCUUCGGCAAACUAGUCCCCCCGCGAAUCCUCAACGGCGCCAAAUACGGCGGCCUAAACGUGCACCCCUCCUUACUCCCCGACUUCCGCGGCCCCGCCCCCAUCCACUACACCCUCCUCGCCGCGCGCCCCGCCACUGGCCUCACCAUCCAAACCCUCCACCCCACCACCUUCGACGCCGGCCUCAUCCUCGCCCAGACCCCCGCCCCGGGCCUCCCCAUCCCAAACCCCUCCGCCUGCUCCCCCGCGCAGCUGACCGCCUUCCUCGCGCCCCGCGGCGGCGCGCUGCUCGUCGACGUCCUGCGCCGCAAGCUCUUCGUGCCCCCGCUCGAGGCCGCCGGCUGGUACGCCAAACAAACGCCGCAGGCGGAGCUGCGGCACGCGCCGAUGAUCACGAAGGAGGACGGGCGCAUACGGUGGGAGCGGUGCGGCGCGGACGAGUUGGUUCUGCGGCGGAGGGUGCUCGAGAACUUGUGGACGACGGUAAGGGUUGGGGGCGAGGAAAAGCGGCUCGUUAUCCACGGGCUGGCGAGUAUACGGGAGUCGCCUGAGAACGCGGCGGCUAGGGGAGUGGGCGAGUUCUUCGCGUGCAAGGCGCCCGAGGGGACGGUGCUGGAGGGGGGACUGCCUGCGGGGGAUACGGAGUUCUUGGCGGCGCGGACGGUGGAUGGGGGGUGCGUGCUUGUGACGAGGUGUACGGUUGAGGGGGGGAAGAGAGAUAAGGGGGCGGGGGUGGUGUUGCAGCAUUUAGCACGGUAG